AUGAGUGAGGAUUGUACCGUUAAUAUUCUGGGUCCACUUAACUUUGUGUGGUGUUCCUCUCAAAAAGUAACAGUUUUUCAGAGGGCAAAAUCAGGAGAAAAACCGGUUUAUAGCUCUGUGUUAUAUGAAUUGCAGAGUUUCGCUUCUGCCAGAAAGAAUGUUUUUAUACAGCGACUAAUUCGUGCAUCCUAUGGUAUGAAUCUGUUUCGUUCGAGUCACCAAUUUCGUGCAAUUUUGGCUAUGUGCCAUCAAGAAUUAUGCGAAUAUCUAGAGAACUGCAAAAAUCUUUCCAGUGAAAAACGUGUUUCACUUAUCGCUGAUGCAGAUCUUGUCAAAGCUUGCGAGUUACUCUGGCAUCUAGCAGAGAUUGUUUUAUUGCAAUCCCUAAGUCCUGGCAAGCUGACUAACGCUCUGUGUGAAUGGUACUUUGUUCAAUCACAGGAGGCCAGUAUGGUUUCACACAGUUUUCUCGAUAAACAUUCUUCAUGCGGCGGUCCAUUGAGAUUCAACAACGAGUCUGAACGCUUGUUCUGGACAACUGUUUUAACACUUCUUAUUCAGGGUCAACCGGUAGAAGUUUCAGCGCUCCUGAUGGCUCAUCCUAAAGCGAAUACACCUCUCUUCCGUGAUGUAAGACAAUUACUUGCUGCUAUGCCUCAGGAUGAAUCGAAUUCAGUCGAUCCUCUCUGGCAAAAGAGCGCGUCAGUAGAAAAGGCCUGGCAACAUUGGCAAAGCGCUUGUACUCUCCGUCUGGUAGAGGAAACACGCAGCCGAGAUGUAAGUGGCGACCUCUCUUCCGAGUACCUGACACUCAUUCUCUCCAUUCUUGCCGGUCGUCAGGACUGUUGGAGUGAUGCUAGAGUGACAGAAGCUUGUGGGACUUGGUACUUCCAGUUUGUUGGAUGGCUCUUCUAUACCAAUCAUUUUGUCGAUGCUCCCUCCCUUUCCACAAUGCUUGAACAAUUUACCGCCAAGUUUAAUGUUGAUUUGCAUAAACAGUUAGGUGGCCACCAGUUUGCUUCUGUCAUAGAUCAAGUAAUUCAGCACAUAUUCGCCAAAGACAUACUUUCAGUUGUGUUUACUCUGAGCGAGAAAUUUAACAACUGGUGGAUGGUGGCACACUUCUCAAACUUUGUUAAACAUCUUUUGCCUGAUUUCUUCGCUGGCAUGGAUUCUACUCUGACGGAUACUACUCGGCGAUUCGAUUUGAAGAUGGAGGGACCUGAUAACAGCAUUGUUGGAAGUAGAUCAAGACCUAUUCGUCUGGCUUCAUUAAUGCCCGAUUUUUUCCUCAUGCGUUAUGCCGAAAGUCUCGCCGCAGAUCCAAGUCUUCUAAGUAUCGCUAUGGGCUAUUUGGAUUACUGCACCACUUUGAGAUCAACUGCUCGCGCCCUUCAAGCAUCUCUCCUCCAACACACCAAGCCCACUACUACUCGUCUCACAAAUGAGUUAAUUCAACUUGCCAGAAAACACAAGUUACCGGAAGUGGUAGAUGAAAUCUCCCUUACAAAGUGUCGUUCAUUUUUACCCCACUUUGAAGCCCCUGUUGAUGCAGCUAGAGCUUGUACCGCUCUCGGUUGGGCUAUAAUUGCACGAGAUGUGCAGCUAAUAGCUCACAUUAUCACACGCACAAUGUCUCGCAGUAUGUCAGCUGCCUCAUACGAUACUGAAGCGUGGAGUGUUGUGAAGGAGGUAGCGAGGAUUGUGACCUGUCUCUUCGAGGACCGGGCUUCCACUUCUCAGAAGGCAAGCCAGUCGUGGCUUGUUCCGUUGAUAUCCUCUCCUGAAUUUGCCUUCAUUUCACGGUAUGCUGAACUACAGUCGCUUUUACAAACUGGAAAUGAUGAAGAAGGCAUAAUUUACACAACACUUGAUCUUCUUUCCACCGGCGAUAUAAGUGGAGGUUUUAAUGUUCCUCCAAAGUUCAAAUUCCAUCUUUUGAAACAACUACAACCGCACUUGAAUCCAGCUGCUUUGAAGGGGGAAUAUGUUAGGGCGUUGGGAGCUAUCGUGGCUGAAUUGAAAGCAGCAAUGAGUUUGUCUAGAAUGAUGGAUGAAGAGGCGCAGAAUUUGUUAAUGGCUCUCAGUGCUUUGGUCGUACAGGCCAAGGCUCUGAAUACGAUGAAUGUGUGUGAUCCAUCGGGGUAUACUUACCAACCGAUAGCAGGUGAAUACGCGUUUUCUGAGGGUGAAUUAAUGUAA